AUGUCUCAUCCGAUCUUAUCAGAGUUUGAUAUCAUUUUUGCGGGAGGCGGGACUACAGCUUGCGUAGUCGCAGGUCGCCUGGCUGCAUGCGAUCCCUCGCUCAGGAUCUUAAUUCUGGAAGGGGGUCAACACACUCUCAAUAAAGCUGCUCAUGUUCAGCCCUACCAAUAUUUCACCCAUCAAGCAUCGACGAGUACCACGAUGACAUUCAACGUUGGAAAUUCCACUUCGCGUCUCAACGGCCGUGCACCGAUCGUUCACUGCGCUCAUUGCGUCGGUGGAGGCUCAAGUGUGAACUUUAUGGCAUACACUCGUGCGCCUGCCUCAGAUUUUGAUGAUUGGGGAGUCGACGGUUGGGAAUCUAAGAACUUGGUUCCUCUCAUGAAGAAGCUGGAGACGUACGAGGUGCAAAGCGAUUGUCCAACUCACGGUUACAAUGGACCUAUCAAGGUGUCCUCUGGUGGGUGUAAACUAGGUAUCAGCGAAGAGUUCAUCCGUGUUGGCAUGGCGUAUCACAAGAGACCAUAUUCCGACGACUCCAACGAUUUAGAAACAUGCAACACAUAUAGUCCUUGGUUCAAAUACAUUGACGGGACAACAGGAAGGCGUUCCGAUGCGGCCCACCAAUAUGUCUACAACCAAGCUCACAACCCGAAUUUACAAAUCCGGGUCGGUAAACGCGUGAAGCGCGUCAUCUUCGAGGAUAAGCGUGCUGUGGGUGUUGAGUUUACCAGCGACCCAAUAUCUUGCCCGGGUGCGGAUCAGUCAUCGAGCACUGUGAGAGCAUCGAAACUUGUUGUUGUCUCUGCUGGGGCGUUCGGUUCGCCAGCCAUUCUCGAGAGGUCUGGUAUUGGUGCCGAGGAGGUCCUCAAGCAGUGCUGUAUCGAGCAACUGGUAAACUUACCUGGCGUCGGAGAAAAUUAUCGAGGGUUAUCAGAUCAUAAUGGCGCCUUCGUUCCAUACUUUGCUGCUGAUGAAGUUGUUACCAUGGACCCCCUAUGGCGUGGGGAGGAAAGUGUUGUACAGGACAACCUUGAGCAAUGGAAAAGCAAUGGCAAGUCACUCAUUGCACAGAAUGGCAGCGAUGCAAAGAUCAAGUGGCGUCCUGACGACGAUGAGCUGAAAGCCAUGGGUCCCGCUUUUCAAUCACGAUGGAAGGAGUUCUUCCAGGACCGUCCGGACAAGGCUGUUGCAAUAUUCACCAUCUUUUCGGGAUACCUUGGGCCGGGUGGACUUCCUCCUCGCAAUUACGUAACUGCUGACGUUCUUACCCUUUACCCCGCAUCUGUCGGCAGUGUUCAUAUCAAAAUGGGAGAAAACGGCAAGGAAGAAAUCGACUUCACUACAGGCUACCUAGACAAUCCGUCCGAUAUUGUGCCUCUCAACUUUGGGUACAAAAAGCUGCGGGAAAUCUAUCGACGCAUGCCUUCCUACCGAGGUGAAAUUCCCGCCUUACAUCCUCGUUUCCCAGAGGGAAGCGCUGCAGUCUGCAGAGAAGCGACCGGGCCAGUGGACAUGAAUGCGCCUGACAUCAUCUACACUGCAAAAGAUGACGAGGUGAUCGAAGAAUUUAACCGCGACCGCGUGCGAUCGACAUGGCACUCUCUCGGCACUUGCGCCAUGAAGUCGAGGGCAGAUCAAGGAGUCGUCGACGCUCGGCUUAACGUGUAUGGCGUGACGAACCUCAAGGUUGCGGAUUUAUCUAUCGCGCCGAAGAACGUUGGCACGAACACUUAUUCAACGGCGCUCCUCAUUGGAGAGAAGGCUGCGAUGCUCAUUGCAGAAGACUUGGGUAUUGAUUGCAGACCAUGAACGUCGAUGUGGGUAAAUUGUCCAUCUUCGGAGUGAUUAGGAAUAUGUGCUUGGUGUUUGCUUUUCGUGGCUCGUCAGCCUCAAUCGAAUCAUCCCUUCGCACAAAGACCCAUAACAUCCUUAACAAAAUGAAUGGAUUCACGGUCGUGCAUAUAACCCGGACACCAGUGGCAGAAACCUUCGAGGGCGAGAAGGUUCCCGGGUUUGAUGUCACCCGCUGGAUAUGCAUAGGCACUAGACGCCUUUGUACAUCGUCACCUGCUGAGUAGUUGUCGCGUUUUCUUCAAGCCGUCGUAGUAGCAUGCUUUCCGCGGGCGUUUAUGUUUGCCUUUUGAGUCAUCAUUGCUCUCGUCAGAUCGCUCUCUCAGGCUUUCUCGUUACUCGUUACGUAGGACGGCCCGGGAGCUGCCCCCUAUUAUUCACCCACUGGACCUCAUAUGAAACAUC